AUGGAGUUGGUCAAUAAAAGCAAAGUUCAAGAGUUUGUUCUGGUGGGCUUUGGAGGUCAGAAACAGAUACAUCACCUGCUCAUCAUUAUUUUUGUUGUUCUCUACAUCCUGACUUUGACAGAGAAUGUUGUCAUUAUCAUGCUGGUGUUCCUAGAUUCCCACUUGGCUCGGCUUCCCAUGUACAUCUUCCUGAGUAACUUUUCCUGGUUGGAGAUGGCUUAUGUGAGCACAACCAUGCCUCGUAUGCUUUAUGACCUGGUCACUUCAAAGGGGAACAUCUCUUUCCAGGCUUGCUUCCUUCAAUUCUACAUCUUCUUCUCCCUGGGCAGCACAGAAUGCUUCUUCCUAUCAGCUAUGGCUUUGGAUCGCUACCUAGCUAUCUGCUGUCCAUUGCGUUACCUCCAAGUAAUGUCCCAAACUAUCUGCUCAGCUCUGGUGGCUACUUGUUGGAUCCUUGGCUUUCUGUGGUACAUUGUCCCUGUGAUAUUAAUGUCCAGGUUAUCCUAUUGUGGCUCAAACAUCAUCGAUCACUUAUUAUGUGACCCUGGACCAAUUCUAUCCUUGGCAUGUCCACCAUUAGGGAAAGUUCCUUUUAUUUGCCAAGUGUUUAUGAAUACUGUAUUUGCAGUCAACCUCAUCUUUGUUGUGCUUUCUUACAGCAUGGUGAUUCUCACACUGAUGCAAAAAUCUAGAAAAGGGAGCCGAAGGAAGAGUUUCUCCACUAUCGUGUUCCACCUAGUACUGGUCACACUUUUCUAUGGGUCAGUGGCAGGGGUUUACUUAACUCCUGGGGGAGAAAGUCAAUCAGAUGUCACCAAAUUAGCAACCAUCUUCUACACCACCAUUACCCCAUUUCUAAAUCCCUUUAUUUACUGCCUGAGGAAUGACCAGGUGAAAGAGGCUUUGGGCAGGUUGCUGAAAAGAAAAGGGAGAUUUAUGUAA